UGUGGUGGAAAUGAAGUCCAAGCUCGACAUUGAAUAUUAAAAAUCUCUUGUUUUUUUGCAUCGGAAUCCGGUGCCGUGGAGUUACAUGUUGGGAAAUGAUUAAUGUGAGGAUAGCACUUCUUUUUAUUUAGUUUAGUUUCGUGUAUAAUUUCUUACCUCCUAGGGGUCAUUUGUGCUUCGCGCAGACUUCUGGGAAAUGUAGUCCCCGCGUCUGUGACGUCACAAAACGCCGUCCAGGAAAUCCCUUUCCUGCUUCGGUCUCCACAUGUGAGUCUUCCCCAAAGUUGAGGAGAGUUCCGUCUGUUGCACAUUCCGGUUGCAUCUGUGACAUGGAGGAAAUGCUGUCCUUCUCGGAUGUGGCCAUCGAGUUCUCUCCAGAAGAGAGGGAAUGUCUGGACUCUGCUCAGUGGAAUCUGUACAGGGAUGUGAUGCUGGAGAAUUACAGCCACCUUGAAUUCCUGGGUCUUGCUGUUCCUAAGCCACAACUGGUGACAUUUCUGGAGCAAAGACCAGAGCCUUCAGAUGGGGAGAGACAAGCAGCAGCCAGCGUGCACCCAGGAACAACACCCGAAGAUAAUAGCAUUUUCUCCGAGGCCACUGAUUAUAACUCACUAUAUAUUCAAUGCCAGAGAAUUCAUACAAGGAUUAAAACCUACAAGUGUGAAGAAUGUGGUAAGGGCCUUAGUUCUUAUAAAGCACUUUCCGUACACCAGAGACUUCACACUGGACAAAAACCCUACACGUGUAAAGAAUGUCACAAAGCCUUCAAUACCCCUGGAGCACUUUUCAUACAUCAGAAAGAUCAUACUGAUGAGAAAACCUACAAGUGUGGAGACUGUGGCAGAUCAUUUUACUAUCUUUCAAUGCUGAAGCAACAUCAAAGGAUUCAUUCUAGAGAGAAACCUUACAAAUGUGAAGAAUGCGACAGAUGUUUUUUCUCUUUUUCAUACCUUAGACAACAUCAAAGAAAACAUUCUGGAGAGAAACCAUACAAGUGUGAGAAGUGCGGCAAGUGUUUUUGCUUCACUUCAUCCCUUCGGCGACAUCAAGCUCUACAUUCAGAAGAGCAUCCCUAUAAGUGUGUUGAGUGUGGCAAAACUUUUUCCUCUUUUACAUACCUUCAGGAACAUCAAUUAAUUCAUACUGGACAGAAAUCUUACAAGUGUGAAGAGUGUGGCAAAUGUUUUUACUUGCCUUCAUCCCUUCGGCGACAUCAAACAAUACAUUCUGAAGACAAGACCUACAAUUGUGAAGACUGUGGCAGAAGCUUUAGCUCUUCUUUAUCCCUUAGACGACAUCAACCAAUCCAUUCAGCAGACAGUCCUUAUACCUGUGUACACUGUGGCAAAUGGUUUUCCUAUUCUAGGGAUCUUCAGGAUCAUCAAAGAGUUCACACUGGAGAGAAACCCUACAAGUGUGAGGAGUGUGACAAAGCCUUUCAUUAUCACUCAUCCCUUAAGACACAUAGGAGAAUUCAUAUGGAAGAGAAACCCUACAAGUGUGAGGAGUGUGGCAAAGCCUUUCGUUGUAACUCGUCCCUUAGGAGACACAAGAAAGUUCAUAAUGGAAUGAUACCCUACAAAUGUACAGAGUGUGACAGGUGCUUUUACUCAUCUGUAUUCCUUAGACGCCAUCAAACAAUCCAUUCUGAAGACUGUCGUUAUACCUGUGUACACUGCAGCAAAAGGUUUUUAAAUUCUAGGGAUCUUCGGAUUCACCAAAGAAUUCAUACUGGAGAGAAACCGUACAAGUGUAAAGAUUGUCACAAGGCCUUUCCUUGUAACUCAUCCCUUAGGAGACACAUGAGAAUUCAUUCUGGAGAGAAACCCUACAAGUGUGAAGAGUGUGACAAAACCUUUUAUCUUAACUCAACCCUUAGGACACACAAGAGAGUUCAUACUGGAGAGAAACCCUACAAGUGUGAAUACUGUGACAGAUGCUUUUCUUCGUCUUCAUCCUUUCUACGACAUAAAAGAAAACUUCAUUCUGAAAAGGAUCCCUAAAAUUGUGGAGAAUGUAGCAAAGACUUUAUUAGUCUCAGUAUCCUUAUUCAACACAUGAUAUAGUUAAUACAGGGGAGAAGUCAAACAAAUGUCUUAAAAAGUUUACUUCUUCAAACCUUAAAACACAUCAAAUGUUUCAUUCUGACUGCAAACUUCGUGAGUGUGUGAAGUGUUUGUUUGGAAAGUCUUUGUCAACAAAUCAGGUAUUAUCCAACUGAAAUAAAUACAUAUGGAUAAUAUUAAUUUAAUCCUAUUAGAAUGUCAUCAGAGAAGAAUAGAGACCUCUUUGCUGUAACUCCCAACAGUUUAUUCAAGCAAUGUGUUUGAAACUUGCCUUUAUUAAUAAUCUCUAUCUUCGAUAAUUAUAAAUGCUCGAUUAAAUCUUUACCAUGUCAUAGCUUUGUCCCUUGGUUGCCCAGAAUCUGAGAUCUGAAUAUUUACUAUUGUUUUUCCCAGUGGAAUCAUCCAUGCUCCUGCAAUAUCUCCCCUUGGUGUAAAAUAAAAAUAUUGGUGAGCUAGCAGUUUUUCAUCCCGCGUUUGACUCUGGAAUCCUUGUUGCUUAUAUAAAAGGACAGAGACAGCGUUAAAACAACAUGAAUGCUCUUGCAAUUAUAAGGCCUCUGCAGCAAGGCAGCAGCUGUGGCUGCAGAGGUGCAGCCGUCGGCUGAGGUAGUGAUAGUUUCAGGUGCAGCUGCUUUG